UUCUGGGUCUACGCCAUCCAAUUACGCUCACACCUGCUUGGGAAGACCAUUGCCAUAUUUUAGAAUGAAGUGGUCAACGUUGUUGUUUCCCGUCCUGGCUCUUGUGACUCUUGUAGGGGCUGCGGACUGGAAGCCUGCAGUGUCGAGAAAAGAGUUCAGCACAGGCCACGACCUUACGUACUUUGACGAUUCGUCUGUGGUGCUUAUUAUAGAGGACAACAACCUGUACAUAUCGGAAGACAAUGCCAAAAACUGGAAAAAGGUGGAUCUCAAAAAUUCUGCUGGGCAAGAGGUCAACUUUACGAGUGUUCACACGGUGGACUAUGCCAAAGAGCUGGGAUUUGCUCUUUCCACGUCCAGAACCCAGUUCUACACCCGCGAUCGCGGGAAAACCUGGACUCCUUUUGAGGUCGAUCACAGUGCCAGCCAAUUCAGCUUGGGUCAUGUUGAGGUCAACUAUGCCAACCACGACUAUGUCCUUUUCAGUUUCAUGGACUGUGCGGCGAACGAGCAAUUUGUGUUUGAGUGCAAAAAAACCUGGUUUUUCAGCAACGAUGGGCUGAAAACGCCUCCUAAAAAAGUCGAUUACGACGGUUUGGACCACUGUAUUUUCGCCAAGAGCAACAAAGCGUUUACGGCAGGACCGGACGAGAAGAUUUUAUGUUCCAAAGUGGACGGGGUCCAUUCGGGUAUCGAGAAAAAAGGCGGGCUUCUGACCACAAACGAUUUCUUCAAGACCGUGUCGUCUCCGUCUGUAGAGUUCGACAGGAUGAACCUCGUGUCGAUCCGGGUGGUCCAGUCAUUCAUUAUUGCCACUGUUUCUGUUGACAAGUACACUCCUGAUGCCGAAAUCAUGCUGUUUAUUUCCAAGGACGGAGAAACGUUCAGACGGGCUUAUUUUGAGGACCAGCUCAAGUCGUGGAUGUUCAGAAUAUUGCCCUCCACGCCGCAGUCGCUCUACAUUGCCAUUCAGAGCCAGCGUCAGCCAAAAAAUGCUGCACUGGAUGCAGAUUUGUACAAAUCGGACUCGUCUGGGCUGUUCUUUGACAAGAUCCACGAGAAUGUCCUGACAAACGGGCUAGGAUUGUCGGACAUCACGAUGGUGCAGGAAGUGGAGGGUGUUAUUUUACUGCUGAGCCACGAAAACGCGGACGAGGAUAACGCGCCGCCGCUGGCGAAGUCCAAGAUCUCGAUUGACGACGGAAAGACAUGGCACUAUCUCAGAACCAUCGAUGACGAUGACUGCGGCGGGGAUUCCGAGUGCUCGCUCAACUUGAUGUGGACCACGAUCAGAAACACAAACGGCAACUUUGCUACUGGCCCCACUCCAGGGAUCCUCGUUGGAAUAGGAAACAUCGGUAAGCACCUGACAUCUGACCUCAAUGAUCUCAAUACGUACAUUUCCAGAGACAACGGUGUAACGUGGAAGAAAGUCGUCGAGGGGUCUGCAGUGUUCACUUUUGCCGACCUCGGAAACAUCAUUGUUGCCAUCCGGAUCGACGUGUCGCAUCUGUUCGACUCGCGGCUGGACCCAAGUACUCUUCCAAACACGUUCCUGUACUCUCUUGACCAAGGAAACUCCUGGCAAGAGGCGGACUUUGGCGAUCAUAUACUGCCGCUCGAUGUUUUCACGUCUCUGGACGGCAGCACGCAGCAUGUUCUUGUUACGGGAGAGGAUUCCUCGCUUUCCAAGAUUUUUCUGUAUGCCAUAGACUUCACUGGAGCGUUUGAAAGAACUUGUUCUGAAGACGAUUUUGAGGACUGGUACGCCAGAAUGCUUCCGGACAGCGACUCUCCAGUCUGUGUUCUGGGACACACGGAAAAGUUCAGAAGACGGAAGCAAAACGCGGACUGUUUUGUGAACCAUCCGUACGAGGACCUCAAAGUUAUCGAAGAGCCUUGCAAGUGCACGAUUGACGAUACUGAGUGCACGUUCGGCUUCAUCAAAGGCGAGAACGAUGUCUGUGAGCCAGUUCUGGAGGUGUUAGCCGCGAAUCAGUGCGCAAACCAGAAGGGUGCGAUCAAAAUUACAACGAGACAGAUGAUACCGGGCGACACGUGUGAUCCAAAAGGCGGCUACAAAAUAGAAAAAGACGACUUCAGUUUUGACUGCGAGAAGGAUUUGCAGAACAUGACCGCUCCUGUGAAAGUCACGCACAUUCCGCUGGGCGAAAGAAUCGCCGAGUAUUUCUAUCUCACCUACGACUCAGACGGUCUUCCGGACGAGACACUUUUUGUGCUCACCGAAAACAAGGUUCUAUACAUCUCGUUUGACGGAGGCUCUUCGUUUGGCAAGUUCCUGAGCGGCCAGCACAUUGUCACGGGCGUUUACAGCAACCCUUACAAAGCAGACCACGUCUACAUUCUGACCGACGCCGAUGCGCUCUUUUUCUCGCCUGACAGAGGAGUCUCUGUCUACGAGCGCACUCUGCCGGUCAGGGGCCACGAUUUCGAGAAGCUCUCGCUGACCUUCAAUAAGCACAAUGCCUCGGAGUUUAUUGUGCGUGCCGAACGGAGUUGUGGGAAUCUGUUUUCCAGCAACUGUGUGGUGGAGACGUAUCACACCCAAAACUACGGCGAAUCGUUCGAGCGUCUGGUGGCCAACGCCAACACGUGCAACUAUGCCGGCUCGCUGUUCAAUGACAAGGAGUACGCUGUGAACGAGACACUGAUUGUAUGCGACCAGUUCACCGACGACCGCCAGGCUUUGCGGUUAAUCUCCAGCACAGACUACUUCCAAAAGGAGAGCAAAACGCUCUUUGACAGAAUCAUUGGGUUUGCGCAGACAGGCAAAUUCAUGGUGGUUGCACGGCUGGACGACGACAACUCGCUAACUGCGUUUGUUUCUGCCGACGGCAAGACUUUUGCCGAGGCAAUGUUCCCCAAAGACAUCAUGGUCACCAGACAGACAGCGUACACGAUUUUGGACGUGAACUCCGACCAGAUUUUCCUGCACGUGACCACGCACUCGGCCUCGCGGCACGAGUUUGGUGCGCUAUUGAAAUCGAAUUACAACGGCACGCAGUAUGUGCAGUCACUGUCCCAUGUGAACCGCAACGGGUUUGCAUUUGUGGACUUUGAGAGCGUGCAGAGUUUGGAGGGAAUAGCCACGGUCAACGUUGUGGCCAACUACGAUGACGUGGUGCGCAAUGGCGACGAGAAGACUCUCAAGACCAUGAUCACCUACAAUGACGGCGCCGAGUGGGACUAUCUGGUUCCUCCGCCUGUGGAUUCUGACGGCAAAAAGUACAAGUGCAGCGGCAAGAAGGAGUGCACGCUGAAUCUGCACUCGUUUACCGAAAGAAACGACCCUGCGAGAGACACGUAUUCGUCGGCCUCGGCCGUGGGGCUGCUUUUUGGAGUUGGAAAUGUCGGCACGGCACUGCUGCCGUACAGUUCACCGGAAACGGCAACUUUCUUCUCGAACGACGCGGGAGCAACAUGGAAAGAAGUCAAGAAGGGCAAUUACAUGUGGGAGUUUGGCGACCAGGGCACGAUUCUUGUGCUGGUGAAGCAGGGACUCACAAACACCGUGUCGUACUCUCUUGACGAAGGCGAGACUUGGCAGGAUUACGAGUUUGCAGAGUCUCCAAGGAACGUCUGGGACAUUGCGACGGUUCCCUCCGACACGGCCCGCAAGUUCAUCCUGCUGGCCAAGGACGACAGAGGCCGCGACGAGAUAUACAGUCUGAACUUUGCCGCCCUCCAGAAGCGACAAUGCGAGCUAACGGUGAACGACCAGAACGAGCUGACCGAUUUUUCGGACUACGAGUACUGGUCGCCUAAACACCCGCACCAGUCGGACAACUGUCUGUUUGGCCACGAGGCCAGGUAUCCAAGGCGCAAGGCGUCACAAUCGGACUGUUUUGUCGGUGCUGCGCCGCUGAACAAGCUGUACAAGAAGACCAAGAACUGCAAAUGCACGCGUCACGACUUUGAGUGCGACUACAAUUUUGUGCUGGCCGCCGACGGCACGUGCCAGCUGAUCAAGGGUCUGAAGCCAGCAGACCCAACAGAAUAUUGCCAGCUGGACGAGAACCAGGUCGAGUACUGGGAGCCGACCGGAUACCGAAAAAUUCCAAUGAGCACCUGCGAGCAGGGACUAGAGCUGGACAAAUGGAUUUCUCAUCCAUGUCCGGGCAAGAAAGAGCAGUACAAGGACAAAUACGGCGCGGGAUUGCACGGCGCGGGCCUUUUCUGGGUGAUUUUCGCACCGAUUGCCGCGUUUGUUGGGGCUGCCAUCUUUGUUUACGACAGAGGAAUCCGUCGUAAUGGAGGUUUUUCGAGGUUUGGAGAGAUCCGUCUUGACGAGGACGAAGAACUGCACCUGAUAGAGGAGACGCCUGUGGACCGCGCCGUGAACAAGGUCGUGAGGGGCGGUUUUGUGUUUGUGAGCGCGGUGGUGGCAUUACAACACCGGCUCUCGAGUUUCCUGAAAAACGGCGUUUUUUCGCGCUUCAGACGGGGCGGCCUCGACAACUACGAACAGUUUGCGUCGUUCAACGACCGCAUUAUCGACGACGAGGACGAGUCGCUGUUCGACGUGAACGCCAACGACGACGACGCGCGUGAGAUCGACGACUUCCUUGACGAGGAGCAAUAACCGGCGCGCGCUUACGUAAUCGAUUGCGCAAAAAAAAGAUAUUAAAAAGUGUAUAACUGUGAAGAGUGAAUUAAAUUUAUUCACCAUGAUCCGCGCCUGUUUACCCGCUCUUCGCCGCUACAGCACGUCGCCGAUCCAGCGGCCGUCCGCCGCGUACUUCCAGCAGAUGGGCCACCAGCCAGACCCCAACGAGAAACAGGGCGAGUCGAAGGAGGAGAUCGAGCUCAAGAAGGCCCUGACGAGACGUUCGCUGCGAAUGACCGUCUGGCAGAUGUUUCUAAUCACUUUGGCGGGAUCGUCGGUGCUAAAUAUAAUGAGAGAAAAGAACUAUAUUGAGGAGAUGAACGACAACUAUCAGCAGCGGUUCAAGAAGUUCGAGCACAUCAUCAAGGAGCUCAAGAAAGGAAAUAUGCGCGUUGAGGACGUGGAGAGCGAGUUGGCUGUUCUGAACGAGCGGUUUGAGUAUUUUGGGCUUCCGAAGAGCGAGUUCACGGGAAUUCGCGGAACCAAGAAGCCUGCUCAGGAGAGAAAGGAGGAGGUGGAGGUGAAGAGUUUCUUAUGAAGCUACUAAAUAAUCUAUGGUACUUAUUUAGCCGGAUACUAAUGUAC